AUGGGCGAUGAUGAAGAAGAAAGGCUUUUUCGCGAAGUGAAAUAUCAGCGGGCGAUGUUCAAGCGCGAAUGGGUGUCCGAAAGAAGCAAGCACUACGAGAGGAAAGGAAAGGAGAGAUUGGAACGUGUGGGCCAACAAAAGAAUGACAAACUCAAGAAAGUCAAGUCUGCCGUCGAGAUUCUACUACAAAAUGUAUCGAGAGAUGAGAAACGACCUCUCUAUUAUUUGAGUCGUAACAUCAUGUCCAAGUAUGACUUGUUCUCUGAGGAUUACACAGCUCGCUUGUGUCCCGAUGGCAUUCGAACAACCAGGACAAUCGACUUUACCGACAUGGCAUCAUUCCACAGCAUGGAAUACCCAAGACUCAAGGGAACAACGGAUUUGAAGGUUGAUAGGGUGUUGACAGGGUGCCUAUCAAUCGAUGCCCCAAACAACCCUGACGAUGACAUCCGCGUUGAAUUUGCAUCAUUUGAGUGCCCUCAAACUACAGGAGUUUACAAGAUUUGAACAGGCAGAAAGUAUGGGGCUCGGGAGUUGAAGGAUAAUAUUCUCAGCGAUGAUUACAUUGUAUUGGAUGUCCACCCCGACGCGAUCUUUCGCGAUGAGUGCGGAACAAAGCUUCCCACUCGGCCGAGACACCCCCUACCCCAGUAUCAAUUUUGCGGCAUAAAUAGGGCGCUAGGUAGUGAUAUUCUUUACCAUAGGUGAGGCAUCUCAGUCCAAGGUUAGGAGGCAGAAAGAAGACAGCGGAUAAGUGUAUUGUUAAUAGUGGUGGUCGUUGAUG